GUGUGGAGGCUGGUCUCACCGGAAUGACUGGAGUCAGGUAACCACCCGCGGCACAGAGCACACUCCCCCUGCACCCGGACUCUCGCUCAGAGUGAGAGCGCUUCUUCACAUCCUGGCAGCUAUGCGUAAAAUAUCACCAUUUUCUUUUAGUUAAACUUUGUUGUGCAUUUAUUUAGAAGUUUGUAGAAGUUUACUUUGGAUCUAUCAAGCUAGGUGUCGCUGUUCACGUGACGGCGCUGCUUCUGGGGGAGACAGGCUGUCAAGGUCCCGGGUUUUGGACAGGAUAGACAGACAGGUGCCAAGAUGGAUGAAGCCGAGAAGUACAAACAGCGUCUGGAGGCCAUAGCGGAAAAGCGGCGACUGUUGGACGAGCAGGAGCGAGCCAAACGAGAGAUGGAAGAUGAGCGGAUAAGACUGCAACAACUUAAGAGGAAGUCAUUGAGAGACCAGUGGCUGAUGGAGGGUCCUCCCUUGUCUCCUAGCUCCUUGGACACUGCUCCUCGCUCUGCACUGUGGGGAACUCAGACCCAGGAGGAGACAGAGAAACACUUGGAAAAGUUGGAGUCGCAGACACAGCAGCUGGCAGAGGACGAGGAGAAGAACGAACAGAGCAGAACAGAAGAGAUGGAGGACGGACAAAUUGAGACAGCGGCGGUAGAAGAAACAGUAACAGGAAUUGUCCAAGAUGCGAUGAACAAUGGAAAACACGGAGCCGAUUCAGGUGAAACGAUCCGGGCGGUUUUUCUCACAAACGGAGCUGCGGGGAAGGAAGAGGACACGGUUCACGUCGGUUCAGUGAAUGUGCUCCUGACCUCCAAUGGACUAAGUGAAGACGUCAUACCUGGUCAAGUCGUUCAUCUUAAUAGUAAUAUUGGUGACGAUGAGGAAGAGGAGGGAACUAUGGUCAUCAGAGCAGAGUGUGUCAUGAUCACAGACGAAGGCGAUGAUGCUGCGGAAGACGACGCCAAAGAAAACGGUUGGGAAAAUGCGAUUUCAGUAUCAGAGGAAAGCGAAAAGACUGUUACAGAGGGAAUCGAGGGAACAGUGCCUCCUACUGUUGAAGCGGGACAGUCCGAAAGUGCAAUAAUACAAAAUGGUGUGGAGGAAGAUAAUGUAGAGGAGGUAACGCCUGUGCAACUACAAACCCAAGCUCAAGAGGGCGCUGUAGUGGCGUCCGUGCCGGUCUACACUGAGCCGCAACCGUGUAUUAAGACGACACAGGUGGAUGUUGAGGAUGAAGUCGCCAGUAAAGAGGAAACGAUCGAAGUCGGAUCAAAACACAACGUCAAAGUGGAGUUUCAGGAGGUGCCGCUGUCCGAACCACAGGACAAACACACCCCGGGGGAACAGGAAGCGCUCCUGCCUGAGGUCAAAGGUCACGCUACAGACACAGAAAAGGCAGGCACCAGCAAUCAGACAGAAAGCCCCAACAGAGCGGAUCAGGCAGAAACUAAGAUGCCCAAAAGGAAAACGUGCCAGUGUUGCUCUGUUAUGUGAGCAGACACGCCGUUAAACCUCUUCCUCUACGCCCAUUCUCGAGGAAACGGACUCGCUCCAACGUAAAGAGUAGUUUGGACUUGAAAUUUAAGUGCCUUUUUACAGGAACUGGACUGAGUGGCUCAAAGACUGUUCCCACACGGCACGUUUAUAAAGCCUGUGGACCAAUCUACUGCAUAAAUGAACUGCAACUGAUACAAUAUUAUGUAUCAAUGAAAAUACUGUAUUCACAUAUUAAUAACCAGUUUAAGAUUUGAUACGUGAGCUCCUGGAAUAAAUAUCUUAAAGGGACAUUGCUCUAACUUAAUAAUGUAUGGAUUUAAAUAGUGUUUUGGACCUACAUUUUCACGCUGAAGCUAAUGAAAUCCCCAAGCCUCUUUUAAGGUCAUCGUUAUGAAUUUGUUUUUACCAGAUGUGCUUUUAAACAUAUUCUCCCAGAGGCCUGAGCUCUGUGAAUGUAAAUAGAUCGUUUAUCAGAACCACAAGUGGCUGAUUUUCUGUCAGUUUUUGAGAUGAAAUAAUUUAAUGAUUAAACAGACAAUUGUGCUACA